CACGGUUCCAAGUAUUUAAAUACUUGGAUACCAUACAGAAUUGGUCAACAGUCAUCAUCAUGCAGUCAAUCGAAUCGUGUGAUCAUCAACAUCCACAACAUCAACAUUCUAUUAUUGAUCAUGAAUGUUCUGCUGCUUCAUGUAAUCUUUGGUGUCAAUGGAUCAAAAUUUCAAAUACUGCUGCUGUUGAUAUGAACAAUAUCAGUACUAAUCAAUUGGGUGGAUCAUUCAGUAAUGGUAAACCAUUGCCAUUCGAUUCACGAUUACAGAUAUUGGCCAUGUCAUUGAAAGGAUAUCGACCUUGCGAUAUAUCUCGACGAUUAUUAGUCUCACAUGGUUGUGUCAGCAAGAUAUUGGCCAAAUUUCACAAGACUGGUUCGAUAUUGCCAGGCACAAUAGGAGGGAGCAAACCACGAGUAUCAACACCAUUGGUAACGAAAAAAAUCUAUGAAUACAAAUUGGCCAAUAAUUCAUUGUAUGCAUGGGAGAUACGUGAAAAACUUCGUCAUGACCGAAUUUGUUCACAAGAUAAUCUGCCAAGUAUUUCAUCAAUCAAUCGUAUACUCCGAAAUGCUAAUCAAAUCAAUCAAUCGUAUGUGCAAAAUCAAUGGAUCGAUUGGUUAUAUAUGAAUUCUUGUCAUCAUCAUCAUCAUCAUAGCGAUGAUGAUAAUGGUCAUCAACAAUCGGAACAACCGUCAAAAAUAGACAACAAUAAUUGGAAUCUGGAACAACGAACGAAUACAAUGAUUAAAAAGAAAUACAAAAAUGACAUCAAUAAUAGUGUGGCAUAUUUUUCAAAGCAAAAAUCGAUCAUAAAAGCUAAGAAAAGUUUCCUAAUCAAAGAUCUAUUAGGAAUGGGCUGUAGAAAUUUUUAA